AUGUCACUCUAUUCUGUUGAUGUAACAUCAGGAAUGCAAAUUUGCCACAUGAUUUUACAGACGUCACAAGUUCAAGUUUUCAAUAAAGUUAAUGCACCUAUCUGGGGAGAUUGUCAUUACAAAUUAAAUAUAGCUUCUCAAUAUGAACAAGCAGGCAAAAUGUUUUCUCCUACCAGCCUGUCAGUUAAAUAA